CGCUGUCCCAGUCGAGCCUGGACAAGUGGCCAUGGCUGCGAAAAUGUUUCUUUUCGUCCUUUUGCAAACCCUCAUCCAGUACCCACAGAUGGUGGGUGAUGGGCUGGAUGAGGCCACCCGUGCGCGCAUGGAGCUGCGUGCAAAGCUCCUGGACAGGGAGAUGACUCGGCUGCUGCAGGAGCUGGAGCAGAACAGCCUGGAGCGCAGUGCCAGGGCCUGGAGAGCCCUGCUCUGGGCUGCCUUGCAGCAGGAGCACUUCUGGGCUCUGGCUGUAGUCCUGGGCCUCCUCUUGUGGCUGUGGUUUGUCUGCCGGAGAGGGAGCCACCAGCCGGGCAACAAUGGUGAGGAGGAGGAGGAAGAGGAAGACGGAGAAGACAAUGAAGAUGUCUGUGAAGAAGAAGAAGAAGAAGAAGAAGCAGCUCCUUUUGAGACUGCCUUGAGACGGGCUUUAGCGCACCCGGUAAAGUGGCCUGUUCAGGAUCUGAAGAGAGGUUGCGAAGACACAACUGUCCUGAUGGGACACUUCACAUUUGUCUUUGGACACCUCUUUUCAGACGGUUCAUACCCAGUGCCGCAACAAGCCAUUGGGGUGGGCAGUGCCUUUGAAGGCUGGACUCCCUGGGAGGAGGAUGUUGUGUACUGUGUCCUCGUACCCCUCACUCCUCCCCCGGGGCACACCUUCCAUCUGGAGAUGGACACUUCAGGGCGCAUACCCGGCAGGAACUUCUUCAUCCGCGUGGAGCCGGUGUGCACCUGCCCAAGGGAGCAGCAGGACGAGAACGUGCUGUGCUCCCUCCACCACCCAGAAGAAGAGCAGAGGAGGAAUGAGGAGCCCAACUUUCUAAACACCCUCUGCACCGGCUCCUACCUCGAUGUGGAGAAAACUGCCCGCUGGUUCUACCAGUUGGUGAGAGCGGCCUGGCCGGCUUUGCCUCAGUCACACAGUUGGCGAUUAGUGCUGCUGCCCUCCAGCCGCUGCUGCAAAUUCAAGGUGACCAGAGGCGGAGAGAGCCUGACAGUUGAGCUGCUCUUUGGGGUGCAAGUAGGCAAUUCAGACAUCUACGUGAGCAGUCAGCCUACAGAGGCCCUCUUCACCCCAAGCACAAUGUGGCCUGAGACCUACGCCGUGGCAGAGAUGAGGUUCUUCAGCCACAUUGCCAAUCAGGCUCCACGUGACAGCCAGCACCUCAAGUGCCUGCAGCUCUUGGCCCAUGUUCUGGUGGGCAUAGGCUUCUCCACUUAUACGAUGAAGACCAUUGUGAUGCACCUCCUGAACACCAUGCCUCUGUCACUGUGGGGCAGGAGGCAAGUCCUGCGGCGGCUGGGGGAUACCAUGGAGUACCUGCGCGGCUCCCUGGAGGACAAACGCCUUGACCACUUUGUUGUGGGCAACCAGAGAUUUCCUCAGGAGAUUCUCUUGCCCCCGGAUGUCAAAACCGCCGAGCCACCCAACCUCUUCCAUCGCCUGGCGCAGGAUCCGGCCGCCCACACCCAGGCUAUGAUGGAGUACCCAGAACUCAGAGAUCGGAUCGAAAGAAUUUUCCUCUACGGCCAGUGAAAGAGGUCUUCACCUAGAGAGCUGUGCUUGUGGGGCUCACAGCUGGUCCAAGACAACCACCUCAUACCACAAGGAAAAAGAGAGGAGGACGUGAGACAGAGAGAACAAAGAGAAAACCCUGUGCAGCAGCACUCCGCCAUCAGCAUUCACCUCUCAGCAGUCUGCCCGGCACAGCAUCCAGUGAUGGCCAGAGGGGCUACAAAGAUGACUUUCAUCCUCCUUUCCCCUCACAUUCUCAUGGCCAUUGUGGCCAUUUCAGAUGGGCCCAGGAAUUCUUUCUGGCAGCUCCAGCUGCUCAGGGAUCAAGCGAGAGGCGUCGCUAACAUUCCUAAACUGUAUCUCUCCUUGUUCCCUGAAGGGACAUCAGUAGGUCAGCAUUGCACACACUGUGUGGGACCUGACCUGAAAUUUUUUUUAAUAUAUACUUUAGAAUAUUUUAUUUAUUACAUAUAUUUUUAAUUAAUAUUUCAUACAUAUCUUGAUAUUUAUU